AUGCUGGAGAGAAACGUCACUCUGGUCAGUGAGUUCAUCCUCGUGGGCUUUCCCACUGCCCCUUGGCUGCAGAUUCUUCUCUUCUUCCUCUUCCUUGUGGUCUACCUGCUGGUGGUAGUUGAGAAUCUUACCAUCAUGCUCACUGUUUGGAUCACUGGCUCUCUCCAUAAGCCCAUGUACUACUUCUUGAGCAGCAUGUCCUUCUUGGAGGUCUGGUAUGUCUCUGUUACGGUACCCAAGAUGCUGGAUGGAUUUCUUCUGCAGAGACGGCGCAUCUCCUUCACAGGUUGCAUGACCCAGCUCUACUUCUUUAUCUCUCUGGCCUGCACAGAGUGUGUUCUCUUGGCAGCCAUGGCCUAUGACCGCUAUGUGGCUAUCUGCCACCCUCUCCGAUACCCGGUCAUCAUGACCACAGGUUAUUGUAUGCAGCUAGUGGCUUUCUCAUAUAUGAGUGGAUUCACAGUCUCGGUGAUCAAGGUCUAUUUCAUUUCACAUGUUGCCUUCUGUGGCUCCAAUGUCAUGAACCAUUUUUUCUGUGACAUUUCUCCCAUUCUCAAAUUGGCCUGCAAAGACAUGUCCACAGCUGAGCUAGUGGACUUUGCCUUGGCUAUUGUCAUUCUUGUAUUUCCUCUCAUCACCACUGUCCUCUCUUAUGUUUACAUCGUCUCCACCAUCCUACGUAUACCCUCCACUCAGGGAAGGAAGAAGGCCUUUUCCACUUGUGCAUCCCACCUAACUGUAGUUGUAAUUUACUACACAGCAAUGAUUUUCAUGUAUGUUCGGCCCAGGGCUAUUGCAUCAUUCAAUUCCAACAAAUUAAUCUCAGCUGUAUAUGCUGUUCUUACACCCAUGCUUAAUCCAUUUAUCUACUGUCUAAGGAAUCAGGAAGUCAAGACGGCUAUCAAAAAGACUGUGGGAGGUGGCUAG